AAAACAAGUCUGUAUCGCUUUUGUUAAGUCUGGUGGAAGUCUGGAUAGAAGGAAUUUGAUUUAAUCUCUCUGAAAGGUGCAAUUAAGUCUACUUUAUUGCAUCCUAAACCAAAGUCGCCUACACUUUAACGUCACUGCUUCUCCUUUAUUUAGAUUUUUAUCAUCUAAAUACUCUCCCGACUCUCUCUCAAGAAUUAUUCUCUCAUAUUGAAGAGAGAAGGAAGUUAAAUAUAGAAUCUCUCCUUUUCCCCUGACUACUUCUGCGCCCUCUGUCGGCCCGUGGUGUUGUCUCCCAAACCUAUUUUUCAAGAUCAAACCAUUGCAGUGAAGGACGCUGAAGGUCGGAUCAUACAUUCGCUCUGCACCUUUGUGAAAUGCUCUACGUGAAAUGCUGGUGAUUCCUCGAUGUUGAAGGGCAAAAACUUCACAGACGAGGCUGCCUGUAGUUUAAGCAGCUGCCGAACAAAAGCGGAAACUCUGGCUCGGUCAGCAAAUAGCCGGAUAUGGCCUAACACGUGGGGAAUGGUCGUCGAUGGUGAAGCCGUUUCAAAUGGAUUACGAGAGCAAGAGGAUGAAGAAUUUUUCGAUGCUUCUCCAUCCCCCGUGGAAGAGGAUAGAUGCGAUCGUCGGGAUGACAGUUCGGCAGCUACCGUGGCAGGUAGGGCGAAAUUGUUCGAAUUACUUCAACAGCACGCGGUGGAUGACGUAACCGAUGUUUUUUAUGACGUCAGCGAGAAUGUUGAAGUGACUGAUUCCAUUGGUGAAAAUCGAGAGGCAGUUUCGAAUGUAAAUCAUCAAUCGAAUGAAAAAGAUGCUUUCGAUGAAGCAUGUGACUAUAAAACACACGAGCAGUUUACAGACAAGGGCGAUAUUGUUUUUGAAAACCAAUAUGAAAAUAUUCUAUCUAAAAGUUUAGAUAAACUCACAAUGAAGGAUUUACAAAGUACCGACAUUAGUGAAAAUGUAUGUGAUAUUUCAGACAACAUUUCAGUAAAUAGUAUACCUGAACCUGCUAUUUUUAGUGGCAGUAUAAACAGCGAAAAUCAUAUAUUACAUAAUUUAAAUAAUUCCUCUUUUGAUUAUAAUUGUUCGGAUAAUAUUCUCUUGGAUUCAUGCGCCAGGGAAAAUACUUCAGAUGAUAAUUUAUUCUCUCAAGAAAAACAAUUAUCUUUGACAAAUGGACACGAUGAUGAUGAUGUAAAUAAAGUUUGCGAGUCCAAUGGUGCUGACCAAAAUGAUUUUGACUCAAGCGAAGCUCAUGAUUUAGUGAACACACAAUCCCCUAAAGCACCGCAUUCAUCGCCCAUUCAAAUUCUUGAAGAAAGCAGCUCACCUGUACUCUCUCCUGUACAAGAUGAACUCACGAUUCCAAAACCCACCGAUCCACUCAGACUCGAAGUUUUCGGUGAAUUUCGUCCUAUCAUCUCCCGAAGUACUUCUCUAAAAACUGGUAAAACUCCUCCUGGCACACCAGGACGUAAGAAAAUUGUCCGUUUUGCUGACGUACUUGGUCUGGACUUGGAGGAUGUCCGCCACAUAAUUAGCGGAGAUUUGCCUAAUGUUCCGCCAUCAGCCUAUAAUGAUUUGGUGCUAGCUGAAGAGGAAAAACCUGAUCGACCACCUUCGACCAUAGAACUGAAAAACAGACAGCAGGGAGUUUGGGAAACUAUUCAAUCCGCAACAGGUCCGAAUGUUCUUUUUCCUACAUUUCCCAUUCCCGGACAACAACCGGACUUCCACGACAGACUGCAAACUCAGGGUAUAUGCCUGGAAUCUGUGGUCAUAUCAGACUUCAGUGUCCAGUGUACGUGCAGAGUGAUGAAUUGGGGAUUUAGCAAAAAAGUUCGAGCCAGGUACACCGUCAACAAGUGGAUGACUUCAAACGAUAUUGAAGCUUCAUACGUCCCAGGCUCCAUGCAACAUAACACUGACAGCUUCACUUUUAGUAUAUUUUUGCCACCAAUGUACAACAGUGUAGAAUUUGCGUUAUGCUAUACAGUGAAUGGUAAAGAAUAUUGGGAUAAUAAUAGAGGAACAAAUUAUAAUCUUAGUUGCCAUGGGAAUUCUAACACCAUCCAAGCUUCCACACCUAGUAGUCCAACAUGGGUGCACCAGUUUUGGUAAACUUCGUAAAAAUCAUUUUUUUUCUGAAUAAUAAUUCGAAAAAACUUUUUUUUUUUACUUAAGUUGUAAUUUUAAAGAUGCUUUUUAACCACUUAAUAAGUGAAUUUGGAUACAAAAGCAAAAUGAAGUCACUUUUUAAACUGACUGAAGAUGUAAGUAUACCUUCAUACUAUUUCGUGUCUUGAACUUGAGCAUUAUUUAACGGAAUGGCCUUUAUUGUAGACAUAGAUGCUGAUGUAGGUAUAUUUUAUUUUUCAAGCAAUUCAGAAAGCAUUGGAUAUAAAAACAAAUCAAGUUCAUAAAAGAGGUUGAAAGACAAAGGUUUUUUUUUUUAAAUUUUUGAUUUAUUAUUAUUUUUUUAAUUAAUUGACGAAAUCCUAAAACGGAAUAAUCCGUGAAGUUUAGUUUCCAUGAAUUAAAGUAAGGAAACUUUUUUUUCUAUUUCAUCAUUUUAGAUUAGAUUAUCUUUCGAUUUUAUUGUCAUAGGAUGAUCUAAGCAGGGUUUUAUAUCCAAAGCUCCAUAUAAUGUGUGCUAGAAAAAUGUGUAUCGUCGUUAAUAGACGAAUGAAUUAGUGUUAUUUAUUAACUAUGUUGAACUAUCAAUAUGUAUAGUCUUCCCAAGGCGAUAAACAAAUCACUAAAACUCAAUAUAAUUUUUUUUUAAAUCUGAAACUAAUUUUGUCAAUGGGAAGAAUUUUAUCAUUGUUGUGUAUAUUUGCUUUUAUAUAUUUAUUAAAUUCCUUUUUUGA